AACUGACCACAAAAACUGCAGUCCUUUUUUUUGUAAAGAAGUUAUUUCGCUAAAGCACAAUGGGGUUAGUUUCAAUUUCCAAAAUAUCUGCAUUUAAGUUUCGUUUUUCAUUUUGGACGCAAAAGUAACAAACGACAAGCUUGCUGCGUAACCGCUUGCUGUAAAAGAAACAAAUCCCUGACCCAUCUCUGCCACGGAACAACUUCAGACGCCAGCCAUGUGUUCUUCAGAAGACAAAGACAUUAAAUCUAAGCUGAUGCAGUUAGAAUGUUACUUCACAUGGGGCUUGGAAAAGGAGGCUGUAGAUCUCGACAAUCUGGUUCAACGAUUGUUAGAUUCUAUACGACUGCCUACUGGGAAAGUAAGAUCUUUCAAUUUUUUGGCUUAUGUGAAGUACAUGCAGGGAUGUAAUGAAGAUGCACUUGCUUAUCUUAAGCAAGCAGAAGAUUAUGCGAAGAAAGACCAUGAAGAUGACUUUGAAAAAUGGGUAUUGGUUACGUAUGGCAACUAUGCCUGGUUAUAUUAUCACAUGGGAGACAUCAGUAAGGCUCAAGACUUCUUAUCAAAGAUUGAAGACAUCUGCAAGAAUAUCCCAUCAGCUUCUCGCUAUUCUGCUCCUCUUUCCAUCGUGGAUGGAGAGAAAGGAUGGUGUUACUUAAGGUUUGCAAGGAAAUACUAUAAUGAAGCAAUAGUUUAUUUUCAGAAAGCUCUUGAGCAAGAGCCAGAUGACCCAGAAUGGAACAAAGGCUAUGCAAUGGCACUGUAUCGUACUGAGUCCUUUGACAUAAUUUCAAUGGAAGAAUCACUUGCCUUAAAACAACUAAAGCAUGCCAUGGAGUUGAAUCCAGAAGAUGCUCAUAUUGUGGUCCUCCUUGGUUUAAAGCUUAUAUUUUUGAAGCAGCGUGAUGAAGGGAUGAAACUCAUCGAGAAAGCUCUGACUCUUGCCCCAGAUGAGCCAUAUGUAACUCGCUAUGUAGCAAUGGGGUUACGAAAUGCUGGAUGUGAAGAUGAAUCUAUUAAACUCCUAAAAAGAGCUUUGGAAAAGAUGCCCAAUUCUGCUUUUCUGCACCAUCAGAUUAGCCUCUGUUACAGGAACAAAAUAUUCAAAUUGCAACCUUGGCUAAGAAGACCUUUUAUCGAGAUGAGCAUUGAGCAUCUGCAAAAAGCACUUGAGUUGAAGCAUUUCUUUGUUCAUGCACAACUGGACCUGGCCAAGAUGUAUGCAUUGUCAAAAGACUUUCAAAAAGCUGAAGAAUUGUUCCAGAAAGCAUGUGAAAUGCCGAAUACCUGUGAAGAAGACAUUGCAAUGAAACAUCGGUGUUAUGGAGAUUUCCUCUUUAAAAACAAACAAUCGGAGGUUCUUGCAAUUAAGCAGUACAAAGCAGGCUUAUCAUGUAGAAAAGAGACACAUGACAAAGAUAGGUGCCUACAGCAACUGGAAAGGAUUGCAAAGAGACGCAUUGGCAGGUAUCCAAAAGAUGGGGAAGCAUAUGGUCUCCUGGGCUUGGUUCAUCAACAUAGAAAGCAAGAAAUGUUAGCAGUUGAGUGCUUUGAGAAAGCUUUGCUCAAUGACCCGGGGAACGAAGACUACCUAAGUGCUCUUUGUGAAUUGCGGCUGAAGCUGGAAUAA